GGUCAAAGAAGUCACCUACACAGAGCGUGUUGUUAGAGCUGUUCUGAGCGGGUGUUUGGGUUGUUGGCUGCUUUCUUCCCCAUUUCUCACACACUUGUAUAUUAUUUUGAGGUGGUGUUCGCAGAGUUUGAAAGGAGAGAGAAUUAAAAAAAAAAAAAAGCCGCAAGCGUUUUCACUCUUUUAUUUUUAUAAUCCCCUUCAAUUUGGGGUUAAAAAAAAGACAAGAAAACAGGAAGGAAGAAAAAUAAGGAAAUGAGAUGUGGUAAAAGAAGCUAAAAGGUGCCUUUUAAAAGAUCGUUGCUGUGAAGUGAAAAAAAUCUCCAGAGAAACCAAAAAGCACCGCCGAGACCUCUUCCGAACCAAAGGAGUUUGUGUUUGCUUUUAGGGAAGAAGAAAGAUCAUUCAUUCGGAGGAAUAACAACCAAUUAAAAGACAAAUAAAAAAGUUUGGAGUGGGACGCAGAGCGAGCGAGCGGCGCUGCCGGCGGGCGGUGGGGCGCGGAGCUCGCACUUUCCCGGCUGGGUGAGCGGCGGCCGCGGCGCCGGGCUCGGCGGGUGCGCCUCGGCGGAGCUGAACGUCGGAGCGUUGCCUCGGGAGACGCGCGCCGGACAAUGCCCGCGGCGGGCCAGUGACGCCCGCGGGGAAUGCGGAGCGGCCCGGCUGCCGGCACCCAGCCGCCGCCGCGCGUUCCUGCCGCCCGUGUCACGCGAGACCCGGCGGGGGCCGGGACCGCCCGAGCCGCCCCUCAGACCGAGCCGGCCGCCUCUGCCGCCGCGGCCGCCUCCUCCUCGGGGCCAUUAAAGCCAAUGAGCCGCGCGCCUCUGCCGAGCGCAGCCAACUAAAUCGGCUUGGAUGAUUCGCGACCUGAGCAAGAUGUACCCGCAGACCAGACACCCGGCACCGCAUCAGCCUGCUCAACCCUUUAAAUUUACAAUUUCCGAAUCCUGUGAUCGGAUUAAGGAAGAGUUUCAGUUUUUACAGGCUCAAUACCACAGUCUGAAGCUGGAAUGUGAGAAACUCGCCAGUGAGAAGACAGAGAUGCAGCGGCAUUAUGUCAUGUAUUAUGAAAUGUCCUAUGGGUUGAAUAUAGAAAUGCACAAGCAGGUAAGUUAUUUUUUUAUAACCAUUUUAAAUGACAGUAAUACUGGUAUACUUUGAAAAGAAAAUUGUAUGUUUUUGCAGUUUUAUUCUGCAAGCCGUUGUGGCUACCUGUGUUUAAAAAACUGGGUAGUGAAGAAAAUGCUGUUUUUUCAUGUGUGGCUCCCCAUCUUUCUUUCAUAUUAUCCUAAUUUUUAUAAUUUAAAAAUGUUAUUUUAAAAAGUCAAUACAUAUUAAACUUUGUACACUUUCAAAAGCAGGAUGCUAAAUUUUAAAAUCCUCUUGUUAUUCUGAAAGAGUUGCUUUAUGUAUUCUGGGCAUUGCAAACUUGUCUUGUGAAAGAGCUUUUCUUGGAAAAUAUUAAAAAGUGAAAUUAAAUUGUGUGGCGCCUUCGUAGGCUUGAUGUGAAAGAAUGGAUAGAGGGUGAGCUGGGAGGAUGAAAGUGAAAUCUGUGGAGCUACAAAGGAAAUUGAUGUAAAAUCCUUGUACUGGUCCCCUGAGGCUACUUACUUGGGUCUUACCAAGAACUAUAACCGUUGCUUCCAAAAUUUGUACAGAGUAAAUGAGCCUGACAGGAGGAUGUGAUAAGGUUCAACAUUGGUCUUAAAAUCUAGCAAUUAGUUCAGUAGCAAAAAAAAAAAAAAAAAAAAAAAAA